GAGGGCGGUCACGGUGGCUACCUGCGAGACGCGCGGCCACGGGGCGAACGACAACGCGUGGCCCAUGCAGGGGGUGAACCAGACGAUACGCAUCCAGAACGCCUGCGUGAAUCAGGAGUGGUACGGGUUCAAGACGAAGGUGGACUCGUACCUGAGGUUUGCGGAGAAAUUGGCCAACAGCAGCAACACCUCGGAUAACAUACUCAUCCUGUGUGGACAAAACUCGGACACGGCGUGCGGGUGGCUGCAGCAUACGAGGAGAUGCUCCACAGGAGUACGACCUCAUCACCAGGCUCGCCAACGCGACGGUCGUCGCGGGUGCCGACAACAGCCUCUUCCCAGAGUGGGACACGACUGGCCGUACGACUCUCUCCAGGGCCGCCGCCAGGUGAUCAUGCAGGCAUUCGGCAUGACCACCGACCAGUUCUGCGACGUCUCAGACUGCCCCGAGAGGCCCUACCGCUACGCGAACAGCGGCUUCCUGAUGGGCCCGCCGCGGGUGCUGGCCGAGCUGCUGGGCUGCAUGCGGGAGAAAGGUUGGGGCAACUUCGGAAAGUUUAAGUUCGAUGACCAGCACGGGCUCCAGGCGUGCAUGUUCGGGGACUACAAGAACGUCGUUGCGCUGGACCUCAGCCUUGCGGCACAGGGGCAGGGCCUUCUCGCG